CGUGGCGGGCGAGAGGCAGGCUGGGAAGCGGCGCCAUAUUGGCGUCGGCCGCGCUGUAUUGUCAUAAAUAGAGCCGGUUUUGUGGUGUUUUCAACCACUCGGUUGGAUGCCUUGGCUGUAGUAAGUGGCAAAGUGAGCGAGCGAGCUAGCUAGAAGCGACGGGAGCAAAGCGGACAGAAGGAAGAGCAAGAACCAGACUUCAGAGCCCAAGACCCCUCCGCUGGAGAGAGACGCAGGAAGCGAUGAAAGAGAUGUCUGCGAAUACCAUGCUGGACAGCCAGCGCCAACAAAAGCACUAUGGAAUUACUUCUCCAAUUAGUUUGGCAUGUCCUAAAGAAAUUGAUCAUAUUUACACACAGAAAUUAAUUGAUGCAAUGAAACCAUUUGGAGUAUUUGAAGAUGAGGAAGAAUUAAAUCACAGGCUGGUUGUUCUUGGAAAAUUGAAUAAUUUAGUAAAAGAAUGGAUUUCUGAUAUCAGUGAGAGUAAGAAUCUUCCACCUUCUGUUGUGGCAACUGUUGGUGGUAAAAUUUUCACAUUUGGAUCCUAUAGACUUGGAGUACACACUAAAGGAGCUGAUAUUGAUGCACUCUGCGUAGCUCCAAGACAUGUGGAGAGAUCUGAUUUUUUUCAGUCUUUUUUUGAAAAAUUGAAACAUCAAGAUGGCAUUAGGAACUUAAGAGCUGUAGAAGAUGCCUUUGUUCCUGUUAUAAAAUUUGAAUUUGAUGGUAUUGAAAUUGAUCUAGUCUUUGCAAGACUGGCAAUACAAACCAUUUCAGAUAAUUUAGAUCUACGAGAUGACUCUCGACUGAGAAGCCUUGAUAUACGGUGUAUUCGCAGCCUAAAUGGAUGUAGAGUUACUGAUGAAAUUUUGCAUUUAGUGCCAAAUAAAGAAACUUUUAGACUCACCUUAAGAGCAGUCAAAUUGUGGGCAAAACGACGUGGUAUUUAUUCCAACAUGCUUGGAUUCCUUGGAGGUGUCUCCUGGGCAAUGCUUGUUGCAAGAACUUGUCAACUGUAUCCAAAUGCAGCAGCUUCUACUUUAGUUCAUAAAUUCUUUUUAGUUUUUUCUAAGUGGGAAUGGCCAAAUCCUGUACUGUUGAAGCAACCAGAAGAAAGCAACUUGAAUUUGCCUGUCUGGGAUCCCCGGGUAAAUCCAUCAGAUAGGUAUCAUCUCAUGCCCAUAAUCACCCCUGCCUAUCCACAACAGAAUUCUACGUAUAAUGUGUCCACAUCAACUCGAACAGUAAUGGUAGAAGAAUUUAAACAAGGUCUCGCAGUCACAGAUGAAAUUCUUCAGGGGAAAUCAGAUUGGUCCAAACUACUUGAACCACCGAAUUUCUUUCAAAAAUAUAGACAUUACAUAGUGUUGACUGCCAGUGCAUCAACAGAAGAAAACCAUCUAGAAUGGGUUGGAUUAGUCGAAUCAAAGAUUCGUGUACUAGUUGGAAACUUGGAACGUAAUGAGUUUAUUACUCUCGCCCAUGUAAAUCCCCAGUCAUUCCCAGGAAAUAAGGAGCAUCAUAAAGACAACAACUACGUAUCAAUGUGGUUCCUUGGAAUAAUUUUUCGGAGAGUAGAAAAUGCAGAAAGUGUUAACAUAGACUUGACAUAUGAUAUACAGUCAUUUACUGAUACAGUAUACAGACAGGCAAACAACAUUAACAUGCUGAAGGAGGGAAUGAAAAUUGAAGCUACUCAUGUAAAGAAAAAACAACUUCAUCACUACCUUCCAGCAGAGAUUCUUCAAAAGAAGAAAAAACAAAGUCUCUCUGAUGUCAGUAGAAGUGGACUUCAAUCCAAAAGAUCAUCCCUGGAUGGCAACUGUCUGGAUAGCUCCAGAGACACUGAUAAUGGGACACCUUUUAAUUCCCCAGUGUCUACAAACAAACCUUCCAAACCUCAGGGUCCUCCUGCAGGGGAAACAGAAAGGAAUAAUACUGAACCUGCUGCUAUAAUUGUGGAGAAACCACUGAGUGUCCCACCAGCUCAAGGACUAUCUAUUCCAGUCAUCGGUGCAAAAGUUGACUCUACAGUAAAAGCAGCAUCACCCCCAGCUGUAUGUACCAUUCCGACUGUUGUUGGGCGAAAUGUCAUUCCUCGAAUUACAAUACCCCACAAUCCUGCCCAGGGACAGCCACACCUCAAUGGAAUAUCAAAUAUAACUAAAAAUGUUACACCCAAAAGAUCUCAUUCACCGUCCGUAGAUGGGACUUCCAAGAGGUUGAAAGACAUAGAAAAGUUUAUUCGACUUGAAUCAGCCUUUAAGGAUUCUCAUGCUGCUGAAGAGAGAAAAAGAAAAUCACUGGAUGCUAAUGGAGGAGAAUCUAUGCCUAUCCCAACUAUUGAUACAUCACGCAAAAAGAGACUACCUAGCAAAGAACUACCAGAUUCAUCCUCACCAGUUCCAGCAAAUAAUAUCCGUGUCAUCAAAAAUUCCAUUCGACUGACCCUUAAUCGGUAAAAGCAGUGCCUCCUCACUUAAAGGAACCUGCAAUCAUUUAGUGGUAUAGACAGCCAUUCUUUUCAGAAUAGAGGUGGCUGUCAUACAUUAAAUAAGGUGAAAGUUGCAGUCAUCAGCCAGUCAACCUUGAAGUGGUUUUUGAACUCUCACACUUUCACCUGCAGAUGCUGUAGCAUUCUCAGAUUGCUACAUACACUUCUGAGGAUCACCUGCUAUCAAAUUGUCAUCUACAGUAUUAUGGCUUUGCAUUUGGAGGUUUUACUGCCUUAAUUUUCAAUGCUUGUUUCUCUGUUUUGGGAACCAGUUCUUGGUCACAUGGAUAGAUACUGUUUAAAAAAAAAAAUCCCGAAUUCCCUUUUUUUUUUUUCAGUCUUAUGUUUGUAAUCAUUGUAUAGAGCUUUAAAAAAUUGAAAAUGAACAAAAAAAUUGUAAUUUUCCAAAUGUUAACAAAUUUACUUUUGCAUUGAAGCCACUUUGUGAAACCCAAGAUGAAUGAAUGUGAGAUAUCUUUUCUGCUUUCCAUGGUUUUGUAAAUGUACAUGUCUGUUCUGUUGAUUUAAAUUAUUUUUUUCCAGAUUGACACAUAGAAUAUUUAAACUUUUAUUAUUUUUUUAUGCCUUUCUGUCCAAAUGUUGCAUAGUUACCAAGGAGAAAAUCCAGUGAUUAAGUAAGAGUUGGGCACCAUAAAUUCUGUUUUGCCUCCCAUGGAGGCCUUUGAAAUGCAUCUUUAUUAAAAAUCAACAUAUAACCAGGCUACUGAAAGUCAGUAUAUGAAUGGUGAAAUUGUCACAGAUCCUGGCUCAUGCCAUUCUAGUUAGUUGAUUGGUACUUUUUCUGAGGAGAGUGAUUCCCAGCAUCAACAAUGAGAUACUUUCAAGUAUGGCAAACUUGUAUUUUGAGGUGUAACAUUAACUUGGCAUGAUAAUUCCAGACCAUAAUUUACCCUCCAACUUCAAACAGUUUCUUCACAGACUAGGCAUGCAGAAUAAGCAGCGGUUUUUAUUGAAACCUAAAGGCAUUUUUGAGUGACAUUGUUACCAACCAUUAAUUGGCUCAGGACCUUUGUAAAUUUUAUUUGAUUAUAUGAGUUAUCUUUUUUUACACUGCUUUUUUCAAUGCAUUUCUUAAUAUUUUUUAAGUUUCAUGAAUGCAUGCUCAGUUUAUGAAAACCCAUAACCAUGUAACUCUUGUAAUAUGUUGAUUCAGUGUUUUGUAAAUGAAGUCGUAUGUAUUUUCAGAGUAUUUUUGUAUGUACUGUAAGAUACCAUCUUUUCAAAGAGAAACCUUUAAAACCUUUAUUGUCUCUCUUUAGUCUAAUUAUUUAAGUAUGGAAUAUGGUUGAAUUAUUAUAUUUAAAAUGAAAAUGUAUAAAUUGCACCAGGAACAUCAAUUUACAUUACCUCUUUCUGCAGCUUUCACUCAGCAUUCAGUUGGUCUAUUAGGAAAAAACCAAAAGGUAUAUUGAAUAGUGUGGAGAGAUAUCUGUGUACAAUACAGAACUUAGAAGACAUGUAACUAGUGAAGAAAUGCCGCUGAGUUCAUUGUUGAACUGUAGUUGUCAGAGAACCACAUUCUUCCUCUCCUACUCUUACUCCCAGACUACUAGGUCUCUGAAAUGCCAAUUCCAGUGUUUAGCUUGUACAAAGAAAAACAUUAAAAACUACUUAGAAGAAAAGAAGAGCAAGGAAAAAUGAUCAUUUCACAACUCACUUUUUAACAUAGCGGAAAACAAAAUAUCAUGAACAAGUUGUAACUUUCUAUUUAAGAUAAAGUAGAGCUUACUCUUUUCUUUAUUGACCUACUUUUUGGCAUUCUACAAAAUCUCUGACCAAAAGUAAAAAAAAAAGUCAUAGGACUUCAGACUUUGAAGCCUUCUUUAGUACAAAAUUUGAUUACAUUUUAUACACUUAAUGAUUGUGCAUUUUACAAUUCCUGCUUCUAAGUCAGCCUUCAGGGUUUCUCAAGAAUUCCCCAUACAUCUGUGUUUGAUUUAAUUGACCUUUUGAUAUAAACGGAUUCUUUAAAGUAAUGGAGUAAUACAAUCAUUUCUUUUAAUUUAAGGGUCUAUCUAAUAUAGUCUUCAGACAAUGACCAGUGAGUCAGUAUCGGAAUCCUCAAAGGUAGCUAUCUUCCACCUGUUUGGUAACUGAGGAGUUCUUUAGAUCCUUUUAAAAUUAUUAAUUUGGUUAAGAGUUUCAGUACAUUUCAUUACCACAAUAGGAGGCCUCCACUGUACUGAUUUCAAGUAAGUAAAAGGAAAAGGUAUGCUCUGGGAUUGUGUGUUAUAUUCUCUGGUACUAAGCACACAUGUUUGUUUUCAAAUUUGGAACUAUAGCUGGAAAUACAUUUUAUAAAGACAGUCUGCUCAAUACAUAGGAACAUGUUCACAGGAAUGUUUAGUUACUCAUUUUUUAGUGUCUGACACUGGAGAGUAGUGUAUAUCAAAGGAAAACAGUUCUCUGCCAUUUAGACUUUUAGGGACCUAUGCCAUUUGAGAUUAGAGGGUG